AUGCUAUUCAACGCAUCCAGAAACCGGUGUCUGUCUUUCUUCUUCAUUCAACUGGUUGAUGCCCUACAAGGAGCAGUUCCCAGCAACAUCAAGGAUCUAGAGGCGGCGGGCAAGUCCUUGCACUCCGCAACCGCCUCCGCCACAGCCGCCGCAACAGAGGAACAUCAAUAUUGGAUGCCACCCGCGGAGCUUCCCUUUUUGGUCCGCCAUUUCUCAUCAGUCCAGCUUCCUCUUGAUACCGGACAUCUUAUUCCAGCAUUAAGCUUCCCACAAGACGCAGAUACAAAAACUCUUGCUAAUUUUUAUGCCACAUUCGAGGUCCACUAUAACAGCUUGACAGAAGACAACCCAUACUACGAGAUCAUCAGAUAUACCCAUCAGAGCAACAUUCCAGUCCAACAUCAAAAUUUAUUCAUAGAUUUUUGCUUCAAAAACAUUAUGGAGAGGCACAGUCACGAAAUUGUGGAUAUGCACUUCCAGAAAUGGCUUGCAGUUCUCUCGAGUGCUCUGAACGUAGCUGAAAAGAAGAAAGAUUCCAAAGCACCACGCAUGGCCACAUCUAUGUUGUGGGGCCUCUAUAGCCUCAAAUUUUCGAAACCACUACAGGAAGUAACCCUUCGACUGUCUCCACUGGAGAACAUACCAAAAAGCCGUCUAAACCCACCCAAGAUUCCUGCGCCGACCGGUUCCACGAAUCCGUCGAGGCUUCAAGGACCAGACAGAUUGCGCGGAGAGAUGGCGGUGAAGCAGAAGCAUUAUGCGGUCCGGGUCGGCAGAGAAGGCGCCAAGAUCUACGACAACUGGAAAGACACCGAGCGCGCCGUCAGGAACUUCCCCUAUGCCCAACACAAGAGCUUCCCCUCGCGCGAGCAGGCGCAGAAAUAUCUCGACGACCAUGUCCCGCUGAAGCUCUCGGAAACGCAGAUCCUCAAGCGGGUCUAUGACCGUGCGAUGGAUGGCGACACGAGUGACGCCCUGCCGCCGAAGAAGAAGAUCAUGCUAUCGCCCUCAGAGCCGCCGUCUGUCGGCUCCGAGCCGCCGCCGUCCUUCGACGACCCGCGCUUCACGCCCGGCGGCAACUUCUUCUCGCCCUCGCCGGCCCCCGAGCCGUCGUCGGUUGUCGACAACAAACCACGCAUCUCCACUCGACCCGCCCGGCCCCACCAGCAUCCCGUCGACCCGGACUUCUCGGGAUUGUCUGUUGACCAGGCCCGGGUCUUCCGGACGGUGAUCGCUGGCGGAUCCGUCUUCUUCACCGGCUCUGCGGGAACGGGAAAGUCCCAUCUCCUAAAACAGAUGAUCCGCCACAUCCGGAACAACACGAUGAGAGACGUCCAUGUGACCGCCUCGACCGGCAUCGCGGCCUCGUUGAUCAAAGGCACCACCCUGCAUUCUUUCGCCGGCCUCGGCCUCGCUAACGAGAAGGUGGAAAACUUGUACUAUAAGAUCAUGAAGAAUGAGUACGCUCGCAAACGGUGGAACGCGGUGGAUGUGUUGAUUAUCGAUGAAGUUUCGAUGAUCGACGGGGACUAUUUCGACAAACUGAACCAGCUCGCCAAGCGGGUGCGCGACACGACGGAGCCGUUCGGCGGCAUCCAGCUCAUCCUCACCGGCGACUUCUUCCAACUGCCCCCAAUCACCAGGCCGGGUCGAGAUGCAAAGCGGGUGCCGUACCUCUUCGAAUCCGAGUCCUGGGACGAAUGUGUGACCCAGACCAUCGUCCUCAAACACGUCUUUCGUCAAUCCGACCAAGUUUUCGUCGACCUUCUGAAUGAGAUCCGGAUGGGCACCGUGUCGCCCCGGACGAGCGAGAUCAUGGCCUCGCUGACUAAACCAGUGAAAUACGAGGACGACAUCCUUCCUACCGAACUCUAUCCGAGAAAGCAUGACGUCACUCUGGCCAAUCAGGAACAUUUGAAGAGCCUCAGGUCGCCCGAAGUUCUCUUCACGGCUGAGGACGUUCGGACGUCUAAAUGCCAGAUCAGCGACUCCGAACUCUCGCGACAUCUGGACAAAAAUACCCUAGCUCCCUAUCAAUCAGUCUUGAAGGUGGGCGCACAGGUCAUGUUGAUCAAAAAUCUCAGAGACUAUAAGCUGGUGAAUGGGUCCGUCGGUGUCGUCACUGGCUUCUACGCGGAUGGGGGAGCAGAAGACGCCGCACAUGGCGAGAAAGCAGGGCCGAACAGACUGACAAAUACGCGCCCAUUCAAUAACAAUCAAAGCAAGGAGAAGCUGUGGCCCAAAGUCCGAUUCACCACCGGCCAGACCGUCCUUCUGAGACCGUCCGAGUUCGAGUACGAGAACUCUCAGGGAGAAGUCAUCGGUUCGCGGUUACAGGUCCCCUUGAUUUUGGCUUGGGCAUUGAGUAUCCAUAAAUCUCAGGGCCAAUCGCUGGAUCGCGUAAAGAUCGACCUCCAACGUGCUUUCGACUUCCCUUCGGCCUUAUAUAUUGGACAGGUCUAUGUAGCGUUAUCACGGGCGACAAGUUUGAAUCGGAUCCAAGUUCUCGGCUUCACCGCUUCAAAAGUGAUGGCUAAUAAGGUUGUCGUCGAAUGGGCGAAGAAAUCCCUCUUGAAUUAA